AUUCGACAGCAAAAACAUGAAGUCUGAAAACAUCAGGAGGGGUGAAAGAUGAGUGUCAAUGGAUGCCAGCAUCUGAAAAGUUACAAAGCAACAAAAGGAACCGAAUCUUUUAGAAUCAUCCAUUCUUUUUUCAUCGCCUGCUCAUCAGCUGAUGCCAGGCGACGAAAGGCUUUUUCCUGUGUGUGUCACACGUGUCGCCAGAACAAGACAACACUUCACCAGAAACGACUUCAUGCCUGCCUCUACUGUGUCUACUUCGGAUGUUACAAUGCUCAUCACAUACAGGAGCAUGCAAAAGCCAAGAAACACAAUCUAGCUAUUGACAUGGUGUAUGGCACAAUCUACUGCUUUGGGUGUGCAGACUAUGUCUACGACAGAGAGCUGGAAGAUAUGGCAUCAAAACAUAUUAAGUCUUCAGCCAUAUCCCUGGGUUUGAAGAGUUUCUUUAGCCCUUGGCACCCCACUGAUGAGGAAGUCAGCCUGCUGUCCACUAAUCCAAAGCGGCGCAAAGUUGAAGAAAAGUCAACAAUAGGUUUACGAGGUCUUAUCAACCUGGGAAAUACUUGUUUCAUGAAUUGUAUAGUGCAGGCACUAACACACACUCCAAUUCUUCGGGACUAUUUUUUGUCAGAGCAGCACAUUUGUCAAGCGUCGAGCAACUCAAAACAGUGUCUCGUGUGUGAGAUGUCUCGCUUGUUUCAGGAGUUCUACUCCGGUCUGCGAACCCCUCACAUACCAUUCAAACUGCUGCACUUGGUGUGGACCAACGCUCGGCACCUGGCAGGCUACGAACAGCAGGACGCCCACGAGUUCCUCAUAGCCGCGCUUGAUGUUCUACACAGACACUGCAAGGCUACCAACACUGUGAGUUACAACAAUCCUCACCACUGUAACUGCAUCAUUGAUCAAAUAUUUACGGGUGGCCUACAGUCGGACGUGACUUGUAAAGAGUGCAAUAAUGUUUCCACAACGAUUGAUCCUAUCUGGGAUAUAUCUCUGGACCUGGGGCCCGGCCCACCUUCGCCAUCUGGACUUAACGUGGCAAAUCUUUCCCCGGCAUCGGGGUUUACAAACAGUCCAAGCAACUAUGAACCUACCUCACUUGUGGAAUGUUUGAAAAGAUUUACUAAGCCAGAGCACCUGGGAAGUGCUGCUAAGAUAAAAUGUGGGAAAUGUCACAGCUAUCAAGAGUCAACAAAACAGCUCACCAUGAAGAAACUACCUGUGGUUGCCUGCUUCCAUCUAAAGCGUUUUGAGCAUUCCACUGGCUACCACAAGAAGAUCUCAACGUUUGUGUCAUUCCCGGAGGAGUUGGACAUGACGCCGUUCAUGUCGUCUUCUCGCAACAACAGCAACGGAUACUUGAAUCAGAUUGUCCAAGAGUCUGCCCGCAGUCUUUCAUGUGAAAACAAUUUGCCUCUCAGAUAUUCCUUGUUUGCGGUGGUGAACCACAGCGGCACGAUUGGCUCGGGGCACUACACAUGCUACAUCCGGUUACACCACAACCAGUGGUACAAGUGUGACGACCACAUGAUCACUCAGGCCACACAACAAGAGGUGCUCAAUAGUGAAGGAUACCUACUGUUCUAUCACAAGCAGAUCCUUCUCUAUGAGUGACAGGCUUUCAACAAAGACAAAACUUGCUCAAAUCAAAUUUCAGGUCGAAUCAAAUCGGAUGCACAACAAACGGGAUACUUUGCCUUGUGGGUAAAUCUGAUUUCUGUCUCCGUACAAAUAUACAUGUGUACUUGCUGUGGGCAUUGGCCUGAUUGGAACACUUGCUGAGGAGGGGAGUGUUCUUAUUGAGGGAUUGUGAAACUCUUGUGUCAUCUCGAGUUUACAUAUUUUUUGUAGAGCAAAGGUUUCCAUAGUUGACAUGAGAUGAUGCCAGUUUAUUUACAACAAAUCGGUGUGCUCUAGUAGUGUCGUUGAAACAAAACAAACUUUAACUUUGUUUAAACUUUUCAAUAUUUAAAAUUAUUCUCCAUCUUUAUAAGAAUACUUUUUUAGCUCAGGAAUAUCCUUUCUCCAUAAAAAUAGUAUUAUUUGAUGAAAAUUUAUUUAGAAAUUGUCUCACCAUCAGAGAAUUUACUAGGUAUUUAUGCUAUAUCGAGGACAUUGCAAAUACACGUAGUUAACUUUUAGUGAGCGAAAUGUAAUUUGAGAAAGUAUGCAACACUAAACUUUGCUUAGGAAUCUGUAUUGAUCAGGGGGCAAGAUUUAGCUCAGUCGGUUGAGUGCUCGCUUUAGGCGCAGAAUCAAACCACCUCGGGUGGAUCCAUUCAGCUGAUUGUUGUUUUUUUCUCAUUCCAACCAGUGCACCACAA